AUGCAAGGGAGCAAUGCAUCGCCGCUCAAAUUUCUCGAACCACUACCCAACCGUUUCUCUACCAUCCCAACCGGAAUCUCUCGUCGCAAAAUCACAUCUUUUGAAAGCGAAACUAUCAUCCAUGGUCUUGCGAAUGCAGAGAACGAUCUCAAAGCGUAUAAUCUGGAAAUCAAUAGGCUAAAGGCAAAUAUAAUGGUGCUAGAGUCGAGAAGAGAUGGCCUGACGAAGAGCGUGGCUAAAUAUCGGUCACUGUUGUCACCCAUCCACCGAGUACCAGAGGAGAUUUUGGCACAUAUUUUCUCGUUCUGCUGCGAUGAGAACAUCCUCGACUCUGGAUGUCCACCCUUCGUUCUAACCGCAUCCACUGUGUGCGGUCGUUGGCGAGACGUUGUUUUGGAAACCCCUUCUCUUUGGUCGUCGAUCUCUAUUCGUCUUGAAUCAUUUAUGUCACGGGAGGAGGAAGGUUACACUUGGAAUAGCCACCAAUUCACUCGUUUAGUCAAGAUUUUCAUGGAACGCUCGAAAACAGCACCAUUGGAUUUGGAAUUUCACCAGUAUGGCGAGGCAUUGUUUGAGCUCCUUGAAGCUGGCCUAACCUGCCUUAUUGACCAUUCUAAUCGCUGGCGCAGUCUGAAAAUGUGCGGUCCCGGUCAUCCCCUUAUCACUCUGCCUUCCGCCUUUCGACGGCUUCGAGGUCAUCUUCCGAAUCUACAGCAUUUUCUGUUGGAUUGUUCAUGGUGGAACCGCGAUACGGUCUCCAUCGCUUCCGACCUGGACCUUUUGAGCGAAUGUCCCUUGUUGACUUCGAUCGAGCUUGCAGUUCAAGCUGAAGAAUUGCAGCUCAACCCCCGCUUCCCAUGGCCCCAGCUCCAAUUUCUAAAACUUGAAGGCUGUAGUCUCUCACAAGUAGGACAGACGCUGGCCUCCUGCAACAACCUCCAGCAGCUAGAGUUGCUGGGCCUUUUUCCGACAACCCAGUUAUCGGUGGCUAGCCCCAUUACCACUCUUGACCAACUACGAUACUUAUCUGUUGAACGUUUGCAAGAGGAUGAAUUUUUCCACUUGUUCCAGUCGUUUAACCUCCCGUCCUUGUCAUACCUCAAGAUUCAUGGUGGUCGUCCGAGUGGCCCCGUAUUGGAUCUGUCUUCCCUGAAAAGUUUCCUUGUUCGUUCAUCUUGUUCUAUCACAUCACUUACCUUGGAACUCCUGCCUUUCUCUGAUGUGGAUACACUCCAUCUUCUCAGACUCGUACCCAAUCUCACCACUUUCUCCGUCGAAGAGCAAUGCACAGAGGACUCGGAAGGUAGACCCAAGAACAAGAUCGUCACGACCACAUUUCUGGAACAGCUCGUAACGGAUACAGGCGGCGAAUCUACUCGUUUUCUUCCCCAGCUGGAAGACCUUACUCUCUCAAUCUGGCCACUCGAAAUUUCCGGCCGACAGGCACUUCAACACAUGCUCGCGUCGAGAUCCACUGGACGACUGCGAAAAUUCACUCUCACAGUUACGGAGGUCGAUACAUCAUCGAAAGUAUCGGACUAUGAGUCACUGCGAUGUUUUAGAGAUGUGGAAAUCCAAAUUCAACUUUUGCUGCCAUGA